AUGGCCGCGCCUGCCCUCUCGCAACGGGCUGGUUCCGUUAGCAGCCUCGGGAACAGCCCCACUGCAACUCCCAGCGCCACAAACAACAAAAUCAUCCAUACCUAUCCCGAAAUCGACUUCAGAUCCGGAGCAAGGAUCGAAGAGUUGAACAAACUCAUUCACGAAUUUGGUAAACACGACCAACGGGAAUAUGACGACCAGCGGGCUCUGGAGAUCCACACGGCAAAGGAUUUUAUUUUCUCCGUGCUCGGCAUGGUGCAGAAACUGGACCAGAAGCUUCCGGUUGCUAACGAGUACUUGUUGCUGUCGGGGGGGGUGCGCGAGGGGGUGGUGGACAUGGAUUUGGGCGAGUUGAGCGUUUACGCUCGCGGUGCCGACUAUGACAUGGACUUCACUCUGCUGGUGCCCGCCCUGAAACUCCACGACCGGAACCAGCCGGUGACGCUGGACAUGCGCCAGUCCACGGUGUGCCAUUCCUGGCUCAGUCUCCGCCUGUUUGACGAGGGCACCAUCGCUAAAUGGAGAGACUGCUGCACCGCCGUCGACCACGUCAGCGGGACCACCAACUACUUUUUCUCCCCCACUUUGGUCUCCGACUGGUUCUACAGAUCCAUCAACCUGGUCCUGUCAGAGAUCCAGAAGAAACCGCAGCGCGGGAUGCCGCGGGUGGAGAAAGUGGAGCGAAACGGCACCAUCAUCUCCAUCAUCCUGGGCGUGGGCAGCAGUCGGAUGCUCUACGACGUGGUGCCGGUGGUGUCGUUUAAAGGCUGGCCCGCUGUGGCCCAGAGCUGGCUGAUGGAGAACCAUUUUUGGGACGGAAAGAUCACGGAGGAAGAGGUGAUCAGCGGGUUCUACCUGGUGCCCGCGUGCUCCGCCAAAGGCUGCAGGGAGAAGGAGUGGCGUCUGUCCUUUGCCCGCAGCGAGGUGCAGCUGAAGAAGUGUAUCUCGGCUGGUCUGAUGCAGGCCUACCAGGCCUGUAAAGCCCUGAUCACAAAGCUGUUGUCCCGACCCAAAGCCGUGGGACCGUACCACCUCCGCACCCUCAUGCUCUGGGCCUGCGACCGCCUCCCCGCCAACUACCUGGCGCAGGAGGACUACGCCGCCCAUUUCCUGUUGGGUCUUAUCGACGACCUCCAGCAUUGCCUUGUCAACAAGAUGUGCCCAAAUUAUUUUAUCCCACAAUGCAACAUGUUGGAGCACCUGUCUGACGACACAGCGAUGCUACAUGCUCGCAAACUCUCGUCCGUAAGGUCGGACCCCGCGGAGCACCUCCGCACGGCCAUCGAACACGCCAAAGCCGCCAACCGCCUGAACGUGGAGGUGCAGUGGAGGAGUAACAGCGCCUCCUCAUCCUCUCUGUCCUCUCCUCAGUGCGACUCCAAUGGGGAACAGCAGCCAGACGACCGACUGGCCAAGAAACUCCAGCAGCUCGUCACGGAGAACCCCGGAAAGUCCAUAUCCGUUUUCAUCAACCCCGACGACGUCACACGCCCGCACUUCCGCAUUGAUGACAAAUUCUUCUGAAGCCACACCAAUUUAGGAAAAAAAUAAAUAAAUAAAAUUCCGCCCUCUCUCUCCAAACUUGCCAACGUUUGUCUCAACCAAUGGUAGAGCUCAAAGUGUGAGCUGAAGAUGACGGUUGAACUGUUGU